CUAUUCUUGAUGAGCUCAGGGAAGAAAGAAAGCAGGACAUAUUUAGAGGGGAAGACAAAAUCUUGUGCCAGUGUCCCAGAGCAGAGCUUAGCAAUGUCCCCUGAAGCAUGUACGCAAUCACACAUAUCCUUUCUCUCAGGCAUACACAUAUUCAUUUCUGCCAUCAUCAGACCCUGGUGGAUAGACACCCAGGGACCUGCAUCUGAAAGAGCCAGAAGCAAGCAGCAACUGAGCAUGUGCAGCCCCCAGCACUGCUACUUAAAAUGGGGAGGGACCCUGGGGCUGUGAGUGGCUGUAUCUGUGAUACUCAUUUCUUUGCACUUCGCUGGACACUGAGCAGCCCCCAGAGCAGCUCUGGCUGUGCCUGCACUGAAUGCGGGAGGAGCCAGCAGGUGGAACGCACAGCAGUGCCAAGGAUGGAGGAAAGCUAGGAGGCUGGGCACCACUAAAGUUCUAGCUCCCUAUGCCCUUGACUUCUCUGUGAGAUCAAACAAGGACCUCAGGAUGAACACUACUUCAGGUUCAGACUCACCAGGCCCAGCCCAGGAGCCCACUUUGGGGGCCACCUCAGCUCCACCCAGCAUGUGGGACAGCACCCAGAGCAGUGUCUCCAGCCUGGCCCAGCUUCUACCUGCCAGCCCUACGGCAACUGGGGCUCAGUCUGCUGCCCGGAUCCCCUUCCCCACAGUUGAUGUUCCAGAUCAUGCUCACUAUACCCUGGGCACGGUGAUCCUGCUGGUGGGGCUCACGGGGCUGAUGGGCAAUCUGACAGUCAUCUAUACGUUCUGCAGGAGCAGAAGCCUCCGGACACCUGCCAACAUGUUUAUUAUCAACCUUGCUGUCAGUGACUUCCUCAUGUCCUUCACCCAGGCCCCCAUCUUCUUCGCCAGCAGUCUCUAUAAGCGGUGGCUCUUUGGGGAGGCAGGUUGUGAGUUCUAUGCCUUCUGUGGGGCUGUCUUUGGCAUCUCCUCUAUGAUAACCCUGACGGCCAUCGCCUUGGACCGCUACCUGGUGAUCACACGCCCCCUGGCUACCAUUGGGAUGGCAUCCAAGAAGAGGGCAGCAUUUUUCCUGCUGGGUGUCUGGUUCUAUGCCCUGGCCUGGAGUCUGCCACCCUUUUUUGGCUGGAGCGCCUAUGUGCCUGAGGGGCUGCUGACAUCCUGCUCCUGGGACUACAUGACCUUCACGCCCUCGGUGCGUGCCUACACCAUGCUGCUUGUCUGCUUCGUGUUCUUCCUACCCCUGUUUCUCAUCAUCUACUGCUACAUCUUCAUCUUCAGGGCCAUCCGGGAGACAGGCCGGGCCUGUGAGGGCUGUGGCGAGUCCCCACGACGGCGGCGGCAGUGGCAGAGGAUGCAGAGUGAGUGGAAGGUGGCCAAGAUCGCGCUGCUGGUCAUCCUUCUCUUCAUAGUCUCCUGGGCCCCCUACUCCAUUGUGGCCCUGGUGGCCUUUGCUGGGUAUGCACAUCUCCUGACUCCCUACAUGAGCUCAGUGCCGGCUGUUAUCGCCAAGGCCUCUGCCAUCCACAACCCCAUCAUUUAUGCUAUCAUCCACCCCAAGUACAGGAUGGCCAUCUCCCAGAACCUGCCCUUCCUGAAGAAGCUGCUAGGUGUGUCCAGCCAGCAUGGCCGCCCAUCCCUCAGCUACCGCUCUACCCACCGCUCCACUCUGAUCAGCCAUGCCUCCGAAGUCAGCUGGAUCUCUGGACGGAGGCGCCAGGAGUCCCUGGGCUCUGAGAGUGAGGUGGGCUGGACAGACACGGAGGCAGCAGCUGCAUGGGGGGCUGCCCAGCAAAUGAAUGGAUGGUCCCUCUGUGGUCAGAUCCUGGAGGAUGAGGAAGCCACAGCCCCUUCCAGGUCCCAAGGACAGGAAGCUGAGACUUUCAGGAAGGUGAUUGGGUAUAGUACCUGCCAAUCUGUAAAGAUGUGGGAAGUAGGGGCAAGUAGCUCAGGGAAUGGCCUGGAAGGGGGACUUGUUCUUGUGGGCAGGGCCAAUGCCCUGUGGGAAUCACCCACCCCUACCCCAUACACCCCAGUUUUCCCCUUGCCUGCUAGGGGGUCUCUGUGACUCUAGGACUUCCUGAGCAGGGUCUAUAUGGUCUGUGACUAUUCUUGGGUGCGUCUGGGUAACUAUCUAUGUACACAUUUAGCAGGCGGUGCUGUUGGCUAUGUAGUGCCAUGACAGACAUAUGCACACGUGUAUAUAAAUGCAUAUAUCCAUGAAGGUAUGUGGUCUGUAGCCGGCAGAGCACAACUUGUGCAUAUGUGUGACCAUGUGCCCAGCAUAUGCUUUCUGUCACUGUGACACCUCAGGACACACAACUGAACAUGUCCCCAUGUGUCUUCUGUGUUUGCGUGUGACUGAGUGUGGAUGGUAUGCAUCUCUCUAUGUGAUUUCAAGACUGGACAUACCUGGGGGGAGAGGCCACAAGCUGUGUAUGUGCUCACCACAAACGCCCUGAGAUCAGGAUGUCACCCAGAAUACUUGUGGCUAUUAAAAGAAGGCCAGCUGUCA